GCGGCGGGCCCCGGCCGGGCCUCUCCGCCCUGCUCUCCGGCGGUGAGCUCCGCACGGCUGGGUCCCCCGGCACGUAGGACGCGUUCGGUCUGGCCGGGUUAACCUCGCUGGAAAUGCCUCUGCGGUUUCCGUGUGGGGGGAGAGCAGGUCCCCGAAACACCUCCCCGUUUCAUCCGUGGGGUACCAGAAGACGCUUCAGUGGUGAUACCUCUUUCACAAUGCAAGUUAUGAAUGAAAUGAAUUCACUAAUAUCCCCUUCCUCACCCUGAUCUCCGAUAGACUUCCUGUAGCGCUUGGAAGAAAGGGUCAGGGGAGAAGGGUUGAAGGUCACCAUGAAGCUAAAGCAGCGAGUUGUGCUGUUGGCCAUCCUCCUUGUCAUCUUCAUUUUCACAAAAGUUUUCCUGAUUGACAACCUGGACACCUCAGCUGCCAACCGGGAGGACCAGCGCGCCUUUCACCGGAUGAUGGCGAGCCUCCAUGUUGAGCUGGACCCCCGCCUCGACCACACGUUGCAGUCCCCUUGGGAGAUUGCAGCCCAAUGGGUGGUACCCCGGGAGGUGUAUCCCGAGGAGACGCCCGAGCUCGGGGCUGUUAUGCACGCCAUGACAACCAAGAAAAUAAUAAAAGCUGAUGUGGGAUACAAAGGGACCCAACUGAAAGCUUUGCUAAUACUUGAAGGAGGACAGAAGGUUGUCUUCAAACCCAAGAGAUACGCCAGGGAUUAUGUAGUGGAAGGAGAACCAUACGCUGGCUAUGACAGACACAAUGCAGAAGUGGCGGCCUUUCACUUGGAUAGAAUUCUGGGUUUCCGACGAGCUCCACUGGUGGUUGGCAGGUUUGUGAAUCUACGGACAGAGAUCAAACCAGUAGCCACAGAGCAGCUCCUGGGUACCUUCAUGACUGUGGGUAAUAACACUUGCUUCUAUGGGAAGUGCUACUAUUGUCGGGAAACAGAACCAGCUUGUGCAGAUGGGGACAUCAUGGAGGGGUCAGUGACCCUGUGGCUACCAGAUGUCUGGCCUCUUCAGAAACAUCGGCACCCGUGGGGCAGGACAUACCGUGAAGGCAAGCUUGCCAGGUGGGAGUAUGACGAAAGCUAUUGUGAUGCUGUGAAGAAGACUUCACCUUACGACUCGGGCCCACGUCUUCUUGAUAUCAUUGACACCGCCAUCUUCGACUAUUUGAUUGGAAAUGCUGACCGGCAUCACUAUGAGAGCUUCCAGGAUGAUGAAGGAGCCAGUAUGCUUAUCCUCUUGGAUAAUGCCAAAAGCUUUGGAAACCCUGCCCUGGAUGAAAGAAGCAUCUUGGCUCCUCUUUAUCAGUGCUGCAUCAUCCGGGUUUCUACCUGGAACAGACUCAAUUAUCUGAAGAACGGAGUACUGAAGUCUGCCUUAAAAACUGCUAUGUCCCAUGACCCCAUCUCACCAGUGCUUUCUGACCCUCAUCUGGAUGCCCUAGACCAGCGGCUUCUCAGCAUUCUGGCUACAGUGAAGCAGUGCACAGACCAGUUUGGGCCAGAUAUUGUGCUGGUGGAAGACAGGAUGACACUGUCUCAUUUGUAAUUGUAGUGGAACACAGAUGAAACUCCUUUUUUUAAAAAACAAACAAAAAAGCGAUAGGAAAACAGCACAAUCAGUUGGGAAAGGCUGUGGCCAAGGUGAACUGAAAUGACCAGGAGAGCUUCUGAGCCAGAGAAACAGAGGUGACACUGGCUUUUACCUUCGGCUGACAGCGGUGAGAGGUGGGAAAUUGGAGCCUUGGAUGGCUCAGUACCUGUAAGGGCAUCUUGGCCAUUGUGGUGUGUCCAUUGCCGGCAGUGGACGUUGCACUGGAUAAAAAUGGCUCUUGACGUUGGUGGAAGUGUGUGAAAUACAGACACUAAUUUGUGGACUGAAUCUAGAGGAGAUGAACAGUGUGAGCCUCUCCCCUUCUCUUCCCCACACACGCUCUUGCGAGUUUUUGUCUGAUUCAGGGUUGUAUAUAAUCAGCUGUGAGCUGGUUAGGCAUUUUACUGCUUCUUUAGAGAAUGAGGAAGUGGUGAAUAAAAUAAUUAUUAGACCGAAGAGUUGUGCCAUCCCCCCGGGGGUGGGAUGUUCUUCUGAAUGCCAUUGGGGUGGGAGAGGGGACCUCUGCUGCUCAAUUGUCUUUUCCUCGAUAAAAGACUAGGAAUGGGCUUUGCCUUGUGUUAAUGCUUCAGUGUUUUUGCUGAAGUCCUAUCAAAGAUUUAUCCACAGGGUUGGAGAUUUAGGGGAGGACAGGGUGGUUAUACAGCACUUGGUAAUUAAGAAGUUAAGGUAAGUUUCCAUGUGUCCUGUCAUUGUUUUCCAUUUAUAAGGAAUAUGGCAAGGUCUGAGUAAAUAUUCUUGCAGUCCUGUGUCCAUAUUAACCAAAUUUUCAUUGUAUUGUAGCUGAGGAGGAGGAUAGAAUCUGUCCUUGGAAGCAGGUUCUGUUUAGUGAGGACGUGCUGCUUACUCUGUGCCCUAUUUGAUGUGGGGAGUCUGGGCACCUUGUGCUGGCAAAGGAGAGGUGUAUUGCUGGACUUCCCCAGUAACCACCAGCUGUGGGCAAGGCCCCAAAGAGUGGAGCAAAACCUGAACUGUGCUCGCUCUUCUUCAGCAUCUCAUACAGAGGGAGCUUCCUGCUGCUUGAUGUUGUAAUCCCAGCUCAGUGCUGCUGCUUUGUGGACACCAGCUGUUUUUCAGUCGCACCAUCUACCUGGUCUGGCUUGUGGCUGAGCUGAGAAGCUGUGAACACUUGCAGUUACGUUUUCUGCCUUCCCCAGCUGCUUCCUGCAACCCUCUCUGGGAUGUUGACUGGGCUGGUCGUCCUGGGCUCCUCACGCCUAAUGGUUUUGCUGUAGAGAAAGGAGAGUUGGUCUGAGUUGGCUUUUCAGGGCAGACUUGUAGCACUUGCCUUGCGUUAGUCCUGUCAUCCUUCAGCACCGCGUCAGCCUGUACUGUGGAUGAGCUUGUGGCCAUAAAACUUGUGAUGCUUGCGGUAGGCCUGAGUCUGUGUCUCCAGAAGGGAAGCAGCUUCUUCGUUAUGUUUCCAAAUUUAGCAGCUUUGCAUCUAUUUUCAGUUCAGACAGUAUGGUUCUUAGAAGUAAGGAAAGAGUUCACUUCCCAAAGUGAUUAUGUAUUAUUGGACUUGUGAGCAAGGGCAGCAAAAUGUCGGUUUAAGACCUUUUCCCUGUCUGUCAAAAUUUCCCUAGCUCUACGGUCGUGUGCUGGGCAGAUCAAGAGCUGUUUCCUGUUCUUGCACCUGCUGCCGUACCUGAUCAAAGAGGUGUUAGUGGAAGAGUUUAUUUUUAAUAUGAAGUUUUAUUUUGCUGAAAUCUUUGUUGUUUUUCAUUGCCUGAGUGCAGUACCUUGAUAGUAGAACGCAACUGUUCACCUGAAAUUGAAUUUUACGUUCUUCUAGAUCUCUUCUGGACUUGGCCACGUCACAGACCCAUCCCACGGUUAGGAUGGGAUGUGAAGUUACUCAUUGGUGUUACCAGUCAGGUCUGUAACGCACAGCCUGCUUUUAGGACACUGGUGUUGAGCUAGUGCCUGAUUAUCACUGUACUUGAUGAAAUAAGGUGUGUUUAGAAGCCAUGGUCCCUUUGGUGAGUUGAAACCACCAUCGCAGAGGUGCCUUGUGGGUUCUCUACGGGAUUGCGCUGCUCCCUCCCCGGCUGGGCUGGCCGGUUGCUUGGCUGGCUCACGUUUUGGUGGUUGAGCGAGACAGCGUUGGCAAGUAGUGCAGACAACAGUUAGGUGGUUAGUGAAUGCUUUUAUUCUGAAGCAGAACAGAUGCAUACUGAGGCAUUUUGGCAUGAACUGUUUCCCAGGGAACUGAAGAUGAUUUACACAAAGGGGAGACAGUGAUGCACAUGGUAGUGGCUUAUAGCAUUUUUAAAAGCACGUUCUUUGAGCUUAAUCAUAAGCACUUAAUAUUUUGGGAAGGAUCUACCAAAAUUUGAAGUUCUGAUUUCUGUAUGAUCAUUCUUGAUCAUUUACAUUUGAUUUAUUAAUGGAUUCCAGAAAACCCUCUUUCUAUCUUUAUAAAUCAAAUUAGUUUUCGGGGCUUAUGUAUUGCUUGUUUAUGGGGCUCUGAGCUGAAGCUUUUGCCACCAGAUGGAACUUGGGGGAUCAGUUUUCCCCAGUAUGAAUGUCAAAGACAUAAAGCACUGUAUUAGUUUACUUGUAAACAAUGGGCAUGAAGUCCAGCAUCAUCAGUAGGAGGAAGCAAGAAACAAUUGCUUUUUCCUUUUUUUUGUUGUUCAUGUGGAUGCUUCUGGUCACUGUAAACACCACAAGAGCUUGGUGUUCGGCAGCAGGAAAGAAGAAUAAAUUCCUCUCUUACCCAAAAAAUCAGGAAUAUCUGAUUUGGCCUCAUUACAAUCUCUGGCUUUUUGGCAAUGAUCAUUGUCUUGCUUAAAUACAAAACCCUGAGUAGUUUUAGAAUCAGUUGUAACUAUUGCAAAGGGAAUCAGAAGCAGCACCCGCAUGCAAACAGGAUCUGCUUGAAUCUCUGAAAACCAGUGUCAUUUGUGAGGCAGGUGCUGUGCUCUGUUGAUGAGGUUUUCUUGACACCUUCUAAUUCUUGUUCGCUGUGCACACUGUCACUUGCUGGCUCCAGAUGUUACAAAAUGGUUGUGUUGUGGAUAUUAGUAAUAUCAGAGCGCUUGAGGCACAGAAAUCCAGAACUAAUUAAAGAGAGAGCUUCAUCACCCAUCUGCUAUUUAUCUCCUCCUUCCUAAGUCAGCCGUCGGGCUGGAGGAGGCUCUGAAGUCGGCUCCUCUUCCAGCAGCUGAUGAACUGGAGUGUCUUGCCAAACAAACUUCAACUGAAAAAUACUAAUUUAUUAAGAAGCUAAUUUAUUUACUGUGGCAGCUGGAGCAGGAUGCUUGAAGCAGACACCCCUCGUGGAGCUGUGAGGAUUGCCUCUGGGAGCAGCUGCACAAAUGGAGGUGGCUAAUAAGAAAACAGAACGCAGUCGUGACUUUCUACUUGUAUCCCCCAGGAUGAGAUUCUGCAUAAAGCAACAUUGUGUGAAUAAAGAUUUUAAUAAAGCAACAUUGAUAGAUUGUUUAAGUCUC